ACGUACAACGAGGAAGAUGAGCGUCGAAAAUCUCCGCAAGCAAAGAAGCGGGUUAAAGGGAAAAAUAACGAACAUAAGAAACUUCAUCAUCAAGGCUGAGAAAGAUGCGGAGAACGUGCUACCGGGAGAAAUUACGGCCCGCCUUCAAGCGUUGGAGGACACGCAUUUGAAAUUCCAGGCUGUAGCGCAGAACCUCCUAUUGCUGCUACCUGAGGAGGAAUACCAGCAAAGAGAUGAAGUGGAGGAAAGCGAGUUUGAUACUUUUCGACCAAAGCCGCUCUGCUGCAGUUGGCGGAAAGGAUCAAACCGCCGUCCACAGGCCCUUCUACAAGUGCAUCGACUUCAAGCAAUGAGCAGCAGACAACGUUGAUUCAGAGAAUGGCCGAGCGGUCGGUUGAAAGCGACGGCAGUGGGUUGGCACGAAUAAUAGAACAACAAAAUUAAUUACUAGAAAGAUUAAGUACGCGGUCUAACACGCCCGCACGAGAACCUCACGUAAAAUUGCCAGUAAUCCAGUUGCCGUCGUUUGACGGAAAUAUGGAAGAGUGGAAGCGAUACUCCGACACAUUUAAAACGUUGAUACACGACAGCGAUCUGACUAAUGUGCAGAAGCAUCAAUAUUUGGUUGGUUCGUUGAGCGGCCAAGCCGCUAAAAUAAUCGAGUCGAUAGACAUUUCCGAGAACAAUUACGCCAUCGCUUGGGACUUGUUGAAGAAAAGAUACGAUGACGAGCGAGGCAUUCGGAAGCGGCACAUACAUUGUUUGUUCGAGCUACCAUUGGUGAAACGAGAAUCAGCCAGUGCGAUCCAAGAUUUAGUGGAUCAUAUUCAAAAACAUUUGCGAGUUUUACAAGCAAUGGGACUCCCUACCGAGUCAUGGGGAGAUCUAAUUAUUUAUUUGAUCGAGAAGAAUUUGGACAACGCGACAAGAAGACGUUGGGAGGAGCACAUCGAGCAAAGGGACGGUGUGACGACAAGCGUGAUGAUCGAGUUUUUGCAGCGGCAAUGUCAGCUGUUGCGGCGAGCGACUUCGGACAGCAAAAGCGUCAACAAGGCAAAGGACGACAUUCGCGAGAAGGACAAAACGAGUAAGCAGCGAUCGUUGAAUUCAAAGGCACAAGGCAAAACGACACUGUCAACAAUCACACAGGAGCGACGGUGUUACCUGUGCCAAGGCCAGCACCUUAUUUAUUCGUGCAAACAAUUUCUGGGCUUAUCCGUUGAGGAUAGAAUCCGGGAAAUUAAGCGAUUGAGACUUUGUCUCAAUUGUCUCAGAAAUGAUCACUUUUCGAGAGAUUGCAGGUCAGGUUCAUGUCGAGAAUGUGGUGAGCGGCACAACACGCUAUGCAACAUCGUGAAGCGGGCAUCCUGUUCGUCAGCGGAUUCGGCAGGUGGUUCGGCGGACCGUUCGAGGGAGUCAUCCGGGACCACGCUGUGCUCUGUGGCGGACACGGAGAUGGGAGCAUCAACCAGUAACAACGAGUCAUCGGGGAACAUGUCGGUUCAACACGCCCGAGGCGAGCGUAAGCAAAUACUGAUGUCAACGGCUAUUGUAAAUAUCGAAUCAAAUAAUAAUGAUAAUCAAUUGCGUGUAUUAUUGGAUAGUGCGAGCGAAGUCAACUUUAUUACUUUAGCAGCGUGUAAUAGAUUGAACAUAAAAUUAGAAAGCGUAUGCGAAUCCAUAAACGGUCUAAAUAAUAUGAGUUGCGCGAUAAAAUACGGUUGUCAAAUUUCGAUGAAAUCGCGAAUGUCGAAGUUCGAGUUGAGCCUUUGUUGUUUGGUUGUCCCGAAAAUAACCAAAAAUUUGCCUUCGUUUUCCAUUAAGAUAUCAAAAUUGUCGAUUCCAGAAAAUCUAAAAUUGGCAGACCCGUUCUUUUACAAUCCAGGUCAUAUUGACGUGCUCAUAGGCGGAGAAUUCUUCCUUCAAUUGUUGGAAGCCGGUAAGAACUCGGGAAUAAUUUGCCGGCAUUACAAAACACUGUGUAUUAAAUUCGUAUGUAUUUGACCGGAAAUGAAUGUCCGGGAAAGAAUCUACCAUAUGAAAUCGUUUGUAUUUCGUAUGAAGACUUUUGAAGUGCAAUUGAAAAGGUUUAGUUAUGAAGUGUGA